AUGGACACAGGGAAUGAUGCGGACGGGACAAAUCGCCAAUUAAAAUGGUUUUGGGUAGUAUUUGAGGUUAUGACAUGUAUGCUCCAAGAUGUUUUAUGGAAAGAAAUCCGUCCAGACAGAUUAGCUGAUGCUGUGAUGAAUUCUAAGCCUUUAAAGAAACGUUUUAAGAAAUUGAAUGCUUUGGAUAAGAUAAUAAAAGCUAAAGAUUCACAAAAGCCUUAUGAAGACUUUGACAUUUCUUUGCUGUACGUUUGCCUAAGAAACACAUGUCCCAAAAUCAAACCAAAAAAGGGUUGGGAACAAAAACCAAAAGACAGUGAUACAACCAUAGGAGACGACGUCGAACGAAUUCGACAUUUUAGAAAUGAUUUGGUGCAUGCUUCAAAAGUAUUUAUGUCAGCAAUGGAGUCGGAAGAAAACUGGGCAACUGCUGUCGAUAUUGGCAGACGUUUAGGAGAAUAUGUAGGUAGGAACGUUAACUAUGAGGAGGAAAUCAAACGAUGCCAAAAUAAUUCAAUUACUCCUGCAAUGAAAACAGAGGUCACAGAAAAACUAGAAAGACUGGAAAAUGAAGUAUGCCUUUUGAAACUUAAAGUGACAGAAAGUUGGAAAUUACGAUCAGAAGCAUCAAGUCAGGCCGAAAGGAAAAGACAAAAUCUUAGCAUACUACAACAUCAUAUUGUUCUAAUUUUAAAUGAGACAUCGAAUUCUAUCAGAGAGAAAUCGAAAAAAUCAAAGAUAAAGAAAGUUCUUCGUAGAUUUAAAAAGCACGACGACGUUUUGAAUCAAUUGACAGAGACACCCGAAUUUCAAGAUCUUCUCAAUAACCUGACUGGAAAAAUAUUGAUGUGUGCGAAGGAAAAGAAAAACGAACAUAAGAUUUUUGCAAUUUAUUUGAAGUUUCUCUGUGAAUGGGAACGAAAAUAUUCCUGUUCAAUUAUUUGUAGCCCCGGAUGCAUCUCACUUGCUGUGAAUUUCCUUUCAAUCGCGGAAAUGGAUUUAUUUUUGUCGGAUUUUGAGAAUGGAAAUAUUUCAUUAGAUCUCCAAGAAGUACUUCUUUAUCCACUGUUAUUGUCCUUAUUUGAUCUCCAGGAAGGAGAUUUGGACUUCCGCAUUACAAUUCUAGAG